AUGGCCUUUGGUGAAGUGAGAGCGAAGCUUCGCUCACAGGGAGUGGACAGUUUCUUGGUGUAUCCAGCUGUUUUGAAGAUUAAUCAUGGAGGGGAGCAUCUGGAGGCUAGGGAGGUGGAAGUAGCGAAGGAGAGGCUGAAAUUUUGGGAUUGGGGGUUAGAUUAUGACAGAACUGCCUUAGUUACAGCUGGUGUAGACGGGCAGGUUAAAAUAUGGACAAAAAGUGGAAUGUUGAGAUCCACUCUGGCCCAACAAGGAAAAUCAGUUUACCGGGGACCUGAUUCUGACGAGAUACUUUACACCCCAAGGAAGCAAUUGAACAUUAAACCGCUUCAGCAUAGUACCAAAGUUUUACAGGUAAAAUGCUAUGGUCAUAUGCAUUGGAGAAGCCAAACACUGGAAGUAUUUUGCCUGGUCUGUGGAUGGAACUCAAGUAGCCGAUGCCUGUGGAAAGAACAAACAUUGUGGGCCCGCCUUGCUGCAAUGGCAAUAGCCAAUAAAGAACUGACAACUGCAGAGGUUGCUUAUGCAGCAGUCAGAGAAAUGCCAAUGAAAACAGUGUACAUCAAUUCUAUAAAGGAUCUACCAUCCAAAGAAUCACCUGUGGCUCAUUUGAUGAUGUUUAGUGGAAAUGUACAAGUCGCAGAAGGGGUUCUUCUUCAAGCAGGUCUUCUAUACCAAGCAAUCCAGGUUCAUAUAAACCUUUACAACUGGGACAGGGCGCUGGAACUGGCAGUAAAACACAAGACACAUGUUGACACUAUUCUAACUCACAGGCAGAAAUAUUUAGAGGAUUUCAGCAAAAAAGAAACCAACAAAAGAUUCUUGCAGUACUCAGAGGAAGUGGAAGUAGAUUUGGGAAAAAAUCAAGCCAAAAUUGAAAUGGAAAUAGCUGAAGAGCAAGAAAAGGCAGCAACCACUUCAGCAGCUUCAACAGCGAGAAGCAGCAUAUCCACAAGAUGUUAACCUGUGAUAGAAUUACUCCUCAUUUCAUGAUAUAGUGCCCUUCUUCAUUUCACAGACUACUUAGAAUUACACUUACAUUAAAUCUAAAAUGCCAGUGUAACAAUUGUAAUACCAAUAUGGUCUAUAAUUCUCUUGUGGGCAAAUCACAGACAAUUUGCAAUGGAAUGGCAAUUUACCCACAGUGGAAAACCAAGCCUAUAUAUACAUGUGUGUGUGUGUAUUUCAGAUUAGAACUAAUUGAAGUUAAGAACACUAUGUUAAAAU